AUGGACGUUGAAACUAAAGAAAUAACUGUGAAAAGUGUCGAUAUGGAUGAGUCCAUGCAAAAAGAUGCUCUGGAGGUUGCGCAACAGGCAAUGAGCAAAUUUACUGUCGAAAAGGACAUUGCUGGCUUUAUCAAAAAGGACUUUGACAGACGCUACAAUCCUACAUGGCACUGCAUUGUGGGUAGAAACUUUGGCUCCUAUGUCACUCAUGAGACCAGAUGUUUUAUCUACUUUUAUGUAGCGCAAACUGCUAUUCUUCUUUUUAAGAAUGGUUGA